CGAAAAAGAUCAGCAUGGACACGGUGCGCUUUUCAAUCAUUGAAAAUGAGAUGCGCUGGGAGGACGAGUAUCGUAUGUACUACCAGGAGGCGGACGAUGGUAGCGAACCAACGGAUAGUGUCGGGCGCUUCCGGCUAAGCAUCUCGAGCGAAAGCGAUGUCGGUGGUGUAGAGAUCUCGUCUCCAAACCAACCACACGACUUCGGCACGGGACGCGAAGGUCAGGAAGAGAUUUGGGCGUACGCCGAUAUUGAGAGUGGUUUGAAGGAGCUGCCGGGCGGUGAGCGGCUGGCAGAGCUGUUGGCGUGCAGUUUGGUACCGGCGAGUGACAUCCUACAGGACACUAAGGAACAGAAGGACACUAUACUACUGCUAGCGGUUUGGUACAGCAAGCACGACUUGCUGCGGAAAGUUCUCGCCGUAGAGGGCGCUAAUGCGAACGUUUUUGAUACGGCUGGCCGGACGGCGCUACAUCUCGCGUGCUACAUCGGUGACUACAAGGCGACGGAAUUAUUGCUCCAGCAUGGUGCAAAGGCACAGUGCUGGGAUCGAGAGAAGACGGCCACACCACUGCACUGUGCUGCCAGCUGCGGUAGUCUGGAGUGUGUGACGUUACUACUCGCACAGAACGUCGACAUCAACGCUGGCAUUGAAAAGCACUCGGCACUGCACUACGCAGUUAUGCGCAACAGCAAGCGAUGUGUCGAGUAUUUGCUCAAGCACGGAGCGAAUCCUAACACACCACAGGUGUACACGCAGACCCCGCUGCAUGUGGCAGCCGCCCUCGGGUACAGCGAAUGUAUGGAGCUACUGAUUACACACGGUGCCGACGCACGUUCCCAGUACGGUCAGAAGAAGAUCACCGCGCUGCAUCUGGCCGCGUCGGAAAACUAUCUCGACUGCGUUCGAUUGUUGGUGGCAGCCGGGGCUAACAUUGAUGCGCGCAAUCGUGAUCAGCAAACACCGCUACACCUAGCCUGCCUGUCCCAGUGUCACGAAACCGUCACGUUCCUCAUUGCUCAUCGGGCCGAUGUUCAUGCGGUGUAUCGCGACGGUCGAACCGCACUGCACGCAUCGAUCGUGAAGGAGUCCCGGUUUUGGGACUGUACGUUGAGCCUGCUCAAGGCAAAGGUGGACGUUAACCGGGCGGAUAAUUUCGGCUACACGCCACUCCACAUUGCGGCACUGAAUGAGUUCAGCACGUGCGUGUACAUGCUGAUCGAGUACGGUGCAGAUAUUACCGCACGGACGAACGGAGGUGUAUCGGCACUGUCGUUCAUUAUACGCCGUACGCCCGAAAUUAUACCGCGCUACGUGGAUAAGCUCGAUGCAGCCAUCAGUGUGAACAGUAUACACGAGAUCGGUGACGUAGACUGUGAGAUACGGCUUGACUUUCGGCUGCUCGUACCGAACAAUGACCGGGGCGAGACGGAACUGCUGCUCGCCUUUAUCGAGGUCGGUCAGAAGCGCAUCCUGAAACAUCCACUGUGCGAAACGUUCCUGCUUCUAAAAUGGCGUCGGAUUAGAAAAUUUUUCAUCUUCAGUCUGUUCUACCAUGGACUGUUCGUGUUGUUGUUUACUGCGUAUGUGCUUGGAGUGUACGUACAGGACUGCAGGGCAGAAAACUGCACCGCACCACCGUACAUACCGGCCAUUGGGUAUAUAAUCAUUCUGUUCAAUAUGAUACUGCUUACGAAGGAAAUUUUCCAGAUGAUGCACGGCUUCGUAAGCUACGUCCGGUACUGGGAGAACUGGUUGCAGUGGAGCAUCGUGAUCGGAAUAUUUCUCUGUACGCACAACACACUGAACGAGGCGAACGCCAUCAUGAACUGGCAGCAUCAUGUCGCUGCGGUCGUUAUAUUCCUGGCCUGGCUCGAGCUGAUGAUGUUGGUCGGCCGAUUUCCAAUCUUCGGGCUAUACGUGCAGAUGUUUACCACUGUUGCGGUUAACUUUUCCAAAUUUCUGAUGGCCUACUGCUGCCUACUGGUCGCGUUCGGUCUAAGCUUCUGCGUGCUCUUCCCUAACUAUAUCGCUUUCAAAGAGAUUCCCCGUUCGCUACUCAAAACCAUCGUAAUGAUGGCGGGUGAGCUGGAGUUCGAGGACAUCUUCUACGGCGAAAACCUUAAGAUCGAAUACCCGGCUACCGCCCACGGUAUGUUUCUUGCAUUCGUUUUGCUGGUGACCGUCAUCCUGACCAAUCUGCUGGUCGGUUUGGCCGUCAGCGACAUCCAGGGAUUGCAGCAAUCGGCCGGGUUGGAUCGAUUGUCCCGCCAGGCGGAACUUAUCUCACGGCUCGAGAGUCUCAUGUUUUCGCGCCUGCUGCGCAAAGCACCGAUCAGAAUAUGGGCCAUCUUUCAGAAGAUUGCGCUGCUCAAAACUUCCCGCUGUCGGUUACAUUUCCGGGUCAAACCGAACGAUCCGCGCGAAAAACGGAUACCGCGGGAGCUUAUUACGUCCAUCUACAAGCUGGUAGCGGAACGGCGCGAACGCAAUCAAUCGAUUCGGCGAAGGCGAACUUAUCGCAACAUGCAAACGUUCAACAAUUUCCUGCUGGACGAGGUGGACUCGACCGUCACGUUGCGGCGCAAGCACUGCAAAACGGUCAACAAAAAUCGUGUGAUGCGACCGGACACCAUGCCACCGGCCGGGCCGGCCCGCCAUCCUUCCAAUGGUGCGUCGUUAAAAACGCUCGAAGAGAAUCAAAAAACCAUCCUCAAACGGUUGGAAGAGUUGAGCAAAGACCUCGACGUUAUUAAAAGUAGAAUAAAAAAGCUGUAA